CUCACAGACAUCUCUUUUUCUUUCUCUAUCUCGUACGAACGUAUCCCGGCACGAGCUGCUCGCACUGUCCGGUUUGACGACCCGCCGCCCCCCUCCCUACAUUUAGUGACCAGCUCGCGUCGAAGUUGCGAGGGAGCUUGAAGAGCUUUGACCCAAAUGUCUUUUUCUAAUGUGUUCGAGAAUGGGUUCGCUCAUGACCUGCUCCCUUCAACAGACGACCAACAUGAAGGGGUCAUCGUGGAUAAUCUGGAGUUCACUGCCCCUAUGGGGCCUGAGGUCUUUGGUGCCAGGCUUAGAGCCUCAAUCUCAGAAUGGAAGAGAAAGGGAAAGAAGGGUGUGUGGAUUAAAUUUCCCCUUGGACUCGUGAAUCUUGUAGAAAGUGCCAUAAAGGAGGGCUUUGUAUACCACCAUGCUGAGCCAAGUUACCUCAUGAUGACAUACUGGAUUCCUGAAAGUCCUUGCACGCUGCCUGCAAAUGCUUCACACCGAGUACGUAUUGGGGCGAUCAUCUUUAACGACAAAGGAGAGCUACUUGUAGUUCAGGAAAAGAGCGGCAUUCUACGAGGAACAGGGCUGUGGAAAAUCCCCACUGGAAUGGUUGAUGAGGACGAAGACAUAGAAGCAGCAGCUAUUAGAGAAGUGAAGGAAGAGACCGGAAUUGAUACGGAGUUCAAAGAGAUUCUAUUGUUCAGGCAAUCACACAAAGCAUUCUUUGACAAGUCGGAGUUAUUUUUCUUAUGCAUUUUGCGGCCGCUGUCCUUUGAUGUUCAGAAACAAGAACUGGAGAUUGAGGCCGCUCAGUGGUUGUCAUUGGAAGAAUUUGCUGCUCAGCCUUAUGCCCAACAUAAUGACCUAGGCGAGUGCAUUACCAAUUUGUGCUUGGCGAGAGCAAACCACGAUUAUUCCCAAUUCAUCCCCGUGGUUGCACCUACAAGGUCGAUUUCCGACAGGGGAUUACAAUACGUCUAUCUGAAUGCCGAGACCUUACUGAGCGGACAGAGCUUUUAGAUAUUGUCCAAGUGCCCGUUUACUCUAAUACAUAUGUAAUUUAGUCUGCUAAAGUUUUUUUCUUCCCCUGGUUCAUCGGAACUGGCAUGCCAGUACCGAGUUGUAAUUGCAGCAAAUGCUAGAAAGAGUUCAUAGUACAGAGGACAAUAAAUCAGGAGUCAUUAGCUUGAAUAACCAAUCUGAGAUGAAAA